AUCUAGGGCCCAGGAAUGGGUUAGAAGGGUUGAAGUAAUUCAGCGGGUCAUGGGAGUUGAGGGGACAGGUCUAAAGGGGACGCAGGAACAGAGGCGACAAGAUCCUGUACGGAGGCACGAGAAUUGAGAUGUCCCAGGGACGGCCUAUGGAGUAGCAGGAUUUCAGAGAACAGAGCCUGAAAGGGGGCAGCGGGACUGAGGAACAAGAGCCUGGAAAGAUGAGCAUGAGUUGAGAUAGAAGUGUGGGCGACAUUUACGUCGAGCUGGAGAGUUUCAUGGCUGAGACUAGGCUCCGGGCUUCGGACCUAGGGGCUCAGCUAAGAGUUUCCAGUUGGCUGAGAAAAUGCCGGAAGAGCUUGUCAGGCUCUGGGAGGCAGCCCUUUUCUGGAAAGUCCUUUUACUUGGAUCUCCCUGCUGGCAAGAAUCUCCAGUUGUUGACAGGGGCCAUCCAGCAACUGGGUGGGGUAAUUGAGGGUUUUCUGAGCAAAGAAGUGAGUUACAUCGUGUCCAGCCGCAGGGAGGCGAAGGCAGAGAUCACUGGGACAAGCCACAGAGGCUGCCCCAGCCCCAGCGAGGUCAGAGUGGACACACCGUGCCUGGCCAAUCCAAAAGGCAGCUGCAGCAGGCCUUCACAGAAACCCGUCGACUUGGUGCCUAUGAGCAGAGGGAAGGAACUGCUGCAGAAGGCCAUCAAAAACCAGGGGAGCAGCAGCGGAGGAGGCAGUGGGGGCAGCAGCAGCCUCCUGAGUAAUGCCCGCUCCUGGGGAGUGAGGAUUCUGCAUGUGGAUGAAAUGAUGAUGCACGUGCAGCAGCUGUCUCUUGGUGCUUUAAUUGUGAAGAAACAAGAGUCAAAGAAGCCAGAGGGAACACGUCCAGCAACAGAGUCAAGAACACGGAAAGUGGCCAGACUGAAAGCACCAUUCCUCAAAAUCGAAGAUGAGAGCAGGAAGUUUCGUCCUUUCCACCAUCAGUUUAAAUCCUUUCCUGAAAUUUCUUUUCUGGGACCCAAAGAUGCAAGUCCUUUUGAGACCCCGACAACCCUGGACAGCUCACAGCAUACCAGAGGACCCAAGGAUCAGGAGCCAAGCCUGCAGUCAGCUGCCCGCACUGUGCCCAGGAGGAAGAAAGGUUACUGUGAGUGCUGCCAGGAGGCCUUUGAGCAGCUCCAUGUGCAUCUUCAAAGUGCCCAGCACCAGGGCUUUGCCCUAGAAGCCCUCCCGUAUGCAGAGGUUGAUCGGAUCAUUGCCCAGCUUGGCCACAGCUUGGCAGACACCCCCUCCCAGGCCAGCCUACCCAGAAGGCCAGGCUUCCCAGCUUCUGAUUGUGACCCUCUUGGUCCUGAGACUCUGCCCCCCAGCCAGCCCUCCCAUCCCAGGGCAGCAUGUCCCAGGAUGAGGAGAGAAGACGACUGCCAGGCCCCAGGUGCCCCAGAGCAGGAUGGGACGUUGGGCAGUACAAAGGAACCAACUGAACCUGCAGGGACUAACGAGGUGCCUGGACCAGCUGCAAGCUGUCGGGAGUUGUCAGUUGAUUUCUUGGGAGAACCCCCAGGGACACCAGUGUCCAGAAACCUUGCUUGCCAGUGCCUCCUGACCACCUCUGGUUCUGCGGACCCCUCGUCUGGCUCAGACCUGGCACUUGUUGGCCAUAAGCGGAAGGUUCAGUCCCCCAGUGGCAACGCUGAGAAGAAGCGAGGGGGUUCCUGGCCACAGGCCCCAUUGUUUGACCCAAAAGCCCCCAACCCCUAUGGCACCAGGACAGCUGGUGGCAGGCACCUCCUCUCCCUUCCUCUUCCAAGUCAUGAGCACCGGCCCCUUGCUGCUCUCCUGCCCUUAUGCCAUCCUCCGACCCGUCUCUCCCUCCCAGACCACUUUCCCUGGCAGCCCCUAGAUAGGUCAGCAGAAUUCUGGGCCACACAGCCCCACUGGCCUGGGGGAGGAUGGUCCCAGGGAUUUGAGGAUCCUGAGUGGGCAGCCCCUGGCCCUGUCUCACCGCAGGCUGACCACUCCCCCAGCUGCCCUGAGGUUCCAAGCCUGCUGCCCACCCCUCUGCACUCGGCUGCCUGUGUACAGCCCCCAGAAGGGACUGCAGAGACCCAGUCUACCUCUCCCCACCACCCUCUGCCAGCCAGUGGGGGAGCCAGCUGCUCCCAAUGGUUCUGGGCACCCCAGCCUCUCCAGGUCCCCUGCCUCCCUGUCUCCCAUCUGGGCCAGCCCCAGUCCUGACCCAGCACUGGCAGAGAACUGUUUCUCUGAGUUCCCCAGGGUGCUUGGCUCAUCACCAGGCCCAAUAGGCUCCAGACUUGAGGGUCAUAGAAACACACAUACCUCUGCUUGGUGCUGCACACCCAGCCAGGGCUGAACCAGAACCCAGGAGGAACAGAGCCCCAGGAUCUCCCUGGAAGAGCCAGAGGAGCCCAGGGCCUGGCCUUUGAGGUUCAGGUAAACAGCUCUCAUGGCCAAGCUGUAUGGCACCCACAGAGCCAGUCCGCCUGUCCAUCAGGGCUUUGGGAAGGACCAAGAGAGCCUGGGCUGGGGACUGCCCUAUGCCAGCCCCGCUCUCUGGCUGUGUUUCCGACCAGACAGCAAUCUAUGACAGGCUUGCCUGGCUGCAGCCAACUGUCCGUGCCAGGAGGCAGAGGCCAGGUUGGCAUAGGCAGGGGCCACAAAGAAGCUGAGCAGGAGGAGCCCUGGCCCAGCUUCCUGGCCCUCCACGGGCACUUGCAUCUUUGGCGAGCCAAGGGUUAGUUGUUGCCUUCGCCCCCCCACCCCCACCCCCACCCAGCCUCCUUUCCCACAAGCAUGUGGCGCGCUCCUAUUCUCUGAAAUGCCUGUGUUGUGUCCCCACCCCCAGCCCCCCCACGUGCACAGAUCCUCAGGAACAUAUGACGCAGAGGAGGGGCUCGGGCUGCGGCAUGUGCAGAGCUCCCUUCCCCAUGCACUUAGUUGGCGCCCAGCACUGACCUUUCCCCUGAGCCCAGGGUGCAGCCAGAGCCCCCUCUGGGGACCCGUCUCGUCUCGGCUCUUCUCUGCCUCCUCAGCUCAGGCUGCCUAUCGCAGAGUCCUGCUGUGCCUGGGUCAGUGUCUCACCUGCCAACUUCUGCAUCUGCCUCCCUCUCCCUCCCCAAGGACCUCCCCCCAUUUCUUUCAGCCAAGCCAUUAAUCUGGAGACAGAAAUGGGUUUGCUAUCGAUUCUUUGGCCACUUUUUUUUUAUUAUUAUUACAAUUUGUACUGUGGUUCUUCUCACCCUUCUCUGCCUCUGUGUUUGUCUCUAAAUGUUGAAGCUACCAGAAGCAUGGAGCUAUCCAGGUCUCAUUUGAGGAAGAAAGGGGGGUGGGGGGAAACCUGCAGUUGGGGACCUGAAUUGUUAGUUUGGAAAUAGAGCAACUGUAUGGACAACCCUCCCGAGCAGUCGUGUUUGGCAUUUUAAGGCCACUUCUGUUAAAUUUCACAAUUAAUCUUAGUUCAGGAAAUGUAAAUAAACUUGUUCAUAAUAAAUAGCAGAGAGAUA